ACAACUUCAGUUUCCGGUUGCAAAAUGGCUACAUCGAGGGCCGAACAAGCCACGAAAGAAGUCUUUGAUCUGUAUAGAAAGUACGGAAACCGAGACUAUAUCGGCGAACCCGUUUCACAGCAAGAGCACAUGACUCAAUGUGCUAUGCUUGCGGAGAAAGAAGGCUUCCCAGAUGAGGUCGUUUUGGGGGUUUUCCUUCAUGACAUUGGUCAUCUCAUCGGUUUCGACAGGUCUUUGCCUCCCAUGGGAGACGUUGGCACCCACGCUCACGAGAUCAUUGGAGAACAGUUUCUGAAAGAUCUUGGCUUCCCAGACGCUGUUACAAGUUUUGUUCGAGGUCAUGUAGAUGCCAAAAGAUAUCUCGUUUGGAAACAUCCACAAUAUCAUGAAGAGCUCACUCCAGCAAGCCAACAGACGCUGGUCUUUCAAGGGGGUCCUAUGACGGCAGAAGAGGCUGCAAAGUUCGAGAAGCUGACUCACUUUCAAGCCCUAAUUAAAAUGAGAAAUUGGGAUGAUCAAGGCAAAGUUAAGGGCGCUCCUAUAGACUCACUGGAUAAAUAUGAAAAUAUGUGUAAAACGUUGCUAGAAAGUAUAUACAAAAAAUAAUAAAAAGCACAUUAAAGAGCUGUU